AUGUCAUCAACAGAAAAAAAACCACGUUUAGUAUCGACCAAUUCGAUAUUAUCUGAUAAUGAAUUAAUUCAACGUUUUCGAAAUGCGUAUGAAAAUCAAUUGCCAUUUCAUGAAAAAGUCAUAAGAUUAGAACAUGAACCAUUUUCAUAUUGUAUCAUCGAUGAUUUUCUUUACGAGAAAAAUUUUGAUCAAUUUUGUAGUCAAUUAACUAAUGAAUUAGCCAAUAUUAAAUUGAAUCAAAAAAAUAAUGAUCUAUAUAAAUUUCAACAGACCGAUGAUUUGGCUAAUGUAACAUUGCCUGCUAUCGAACAGAUCAAGCAAUUUCUCUAUGUCGACUUCAAAGAUUGGCUCGUACAAGCAACUAAUAUUCGUUUAAGUGAUAAAAUUGAUAUGACAUCUUCGAGAUAUGAAUAUACAGAUUAUCUCUUGUGUCAUGAUGAUGAUAUACAUGGAACAACUGAAGGUCGUCGUAUUGCUUUUAUUUAUUAUCUUGUACCUGAGGAUUGGAAAGAAUCUGAUGGUGGAGCAUUGGAUCUAUUUGAUACUGAUGAUGAAAAUCAACCGUAUCGUAUUUCAAAAUCAUUAGUACCAAAACGAAAUCGAUUGACUUUCUUUGAAGUUACUGAUAAAUCUUAUCAUCAGGUAGCUGAAGUUUUAAAUGCAAAACAAGGAGCUCGCUUAUCAAUUAAUGGUUGGUUACAUGGUCCUGUCAAUGCAAAAUCAACAUCUAUGUUUGAACCAUUUCCUACUACGAAAGCAGCAACGAAAUUUCAAACAACUGAUUUAGAUCGUGUCAAUCAAACGGUAACACCAACGUAUCUUAAAGUUGAAACUCAAUAUGAUAUUCAAGUGGCAUUCCAAGAAAAUUCCGAAACAAAAUUAUCCGAAUUUUUUCAAAAAGAUUAUUUUCAAGCAAUAGUCAAAGAAUUACAAGGUGAUACAAUUAAAUGGAUACGACGAGGACCUUAUAAUAAACGAAAUUAUGAUGUUGCCGAUGUUAGUUCUUUACCAUCGGCAUUACAAAAUCUCGUUGAAUUAUUUGGUUCUGAACCAAUGUUUACUAUUCUUGGAUCACUUACUGGUUUAACAUCAGAAAACGAUGAAGAUGAAGAAGAAGAAACAUCCUAUGAACCGUCAUCUAAGAAACAAAAAUCAACUCCUACUGAAAGUGCAUCGUCAACAUCGUCACCAAGAUGGUAUUUUGAAUUACGACGAUGGAAACAUACAUAUUACAGUUUAUCAUUUGAUACAGAAAAUAAUAACGAUGAUGAUGAUGAAGAUCAAGAAAAGGAUGGAACACUUGAUGUUAUGAUCUUUUUUAAUUAUCAUUCUGAAGAUAAUGAAGAAACAGUUGGUGGUGGUGAUGUCGUAUAUACCAUUAAAAACGAAGAUGAAACAUUAUUACGUGUUGUUCCUGACGAUAAUAGUCUCAAUUUAAUUUAUCGUGAAGAUGAUAACGUGCUAAAAUUCAAUAAAUAUAUCAACCAUCGACAAGCAAAUAAUACCUUCUAUGAAUUUUGUGCAUGUUAUCUUGAUUUAGAUAAACUUAAAAUUGAUUAA